UUCUUUACUAUUAUAGGUUGUUUAAGGCUAGUUGACCUUCCCUGACAUGCCGACAUGCCCCCCUCCCCCCAGGCUCACCAGCAGGGUCGCCAUGCCGACCGGCUGCUGACUGCUGCCAAGUACCAUGAUGCAAUAGUCUGUCAUGAGAAGGCCGCAGAUCACCUGCUGAGAGCAAUGAAGAUGACCUCUGUACCACAGGCCUUGAUGUCCCUGCAGUUACAGUACCAGUUCCACUUCAAGCAGCGUGACAUCAUCAGGGAGAAGCACCGCAGGGCCCAGAGUUACAAGAAGUACCUGGAACAGCGGGAGAGGGAGGCCCAGAAGAAAGCGCAGGCUGCCAAGGAGCUCAAGGAGCUACGGGAUGCAGAGGAACAGUUACAGAAGAACCUUGCGGCCAACAACGAAAGGGACAGCGAAGUCGAGUCAGAGCCUGACGAAGAUGAAAACAAAACAGACAGCGACGAUGAAACUGAUUUGGGCAGAAGUAACGAAAAAAGCGUCAUACAUGAUGGCGAGCCGGAUUCGCUACUGCAGUUUUUAAACAAGAAUGGCCGUCGUGACAAAUUCAGCAGCAGUGUCCAUGCAGCAACAAAAGCACCAAAGAAUGCUGGGGAAAAAAUGGAAGAACUGCAAACGAGUAACCAUCAGCUCCAGGAUCACGUGUCAUCACUCCUUCAGGAACUGGAGAAGACUAAGCACGAACUCCACUCCGUCAAGUCUGAAAAUAGACAGUUGAGACGCACGGUGGACAUCCUCACCACUCAGAUAGAGAGAUACGUCGCUGAGGACAGGAGAAGGGCUGGGCAAGACUUGUCCGUCAGCAUCCGUCCUGCUUUUUCCACAAGCGACUCAUUCGACGAACAGAUAAGCCCUCCGUCCGAGAUCCCACCAUUGGCCCCGCUUGAGAUUCCAGACUUUGAUUUUGAUUCUUUUAAGUGACUGAAUGAGAAAUGUUGUGAUCACAUUUGGUUACCAUCAUGCAGGUAGAAGAAAUUCUAUAAAUCUAGGUCUCUAGGAUCUCUACCAAGAUCUGGCCUCUGUUUUAACCUUCCCCUGCAGCCUAACCCAUAACCAACACCAAUUUGGUGUCAAAUGGAUAUAUCAUUAUGAUUAGUAGGCUGAGGGUUAAGUCUGUAUAUAUGUGUUCUGUCCUGCAUGUACAUAUUUUGCAUGUGAGAGUGUUCCAAGGGGAUUUAUGUCAAGUAUUGCUAGACCCUGAGGUAGCCACCCUGGUAAAAGAAAACGUGAUAAAAUGAAUAAAUGAAUAUACCAGUGA